AUGGGUGAUUUGCCUGCAUGCAGGGUACUCCAGAGUGAACCGUUCGGACAGUGUGGUGUUGAUUACGGUGGGCCUGUACGCAUCACAAUGGCUCGACGCAGAAAUCCACUCAUCCUCAAAGCAUACAUUUGUCUAUUUGUUUGUAUGUCAACAAAGGCUGUGCACAUAGAAUUGGUUUCUGAUUUAUCUACGCCGAUGUUUCUUUCAGCAUUUCGCCGAUUUUUAUCUCGACGCGGACCUUGCCGUGUAAUUUAUUCCGAUAAUGGUACAAAUUUCGUUGGUGCGCAUGCACAGCUGGUACAGUUAGCGAAAUUAUUGGAUUCGUCGGAGUUUCAAAAUACAAUUACUAAUGAGCUGGCUGAUUAUCGAGUGGAUUGGAAAUUCAUUCCCGCUGCUUCCCCAAAUUUCGGUGGAAUUUGGGAGGCCAACAUAAAAUCGGUCAAGUCGCAUUUUAUAAAAGUGAUUGGCGAUCAACUAUUGACCUAUGAGGAGAUGAAUACUGCGUUGGUUCAAGUGGAGGCGGUGUUGAACUCUUGGCCGUUGUGCCCUUUGAGCGAGGAUCCGAACGAACCUCUCGCCUUAACUCCGGCUCAUUUUUUGAAGUUGACACCGUUGACGGCUUUUCCAAUGAAGGAUGUGACCGACAUUCCCGUCAAUCGUCUCACUCGUUACGAACUCAUCGACCAGCUUGUUCAAUCGUUUUGGAAUAGGUGGAGAAAGGAGUAUCUCCAUGAAUUACAAGUACGUGGAAAGUGGUCCAAGUCAUCACCUCCUCUCACUGUUGGAACGGUUGUGAUAGUGGAUCAGCCUAAUCUACCCCCAUUGAAGUGGCCUCUGGGAAUCAUUGAGGAAGUGUUUCCUGGAGCCGAUGGUGUCAUACGUGUGGCAGUAGUACGUUUAGCUACUGGUCGUUUCAAACGUCCUGCCACCAAAUUGUUUCCAUUGCCCACACAAUAA